AUGCCUGUCUCUUCUUGGAUCAAUUUUAGAUCUUGCAGUAUGAAAGUCCCAUUCCAGCGUCUCGUGCGUUUUAGGGAUCCCGAUGGCAAUAUCCUGUAUGGAGAGGCACCCCCGGGGAACAGCUUGUGCGGCCAACGGGUGCCGGUGUACGUCGGUAAUCAUCCCUGGGACUUGAGGGAAUCUGGUCACCACCAAGUCAUUACCGAGGUCCUUUGUCCCCUGGCCCAAACCCCCCUCGUCUAUGGGGUUGGUCUGAAUUACGAGAAGCACAUUGUCGAGUGCGGCUACCCCAGGCCGGAAUAUCCAAGCAACUUCGUGAAGCCACCCGAUGCGCUCAACGGGCCAUACUCGGAUGUUCAUGUGAACAAGAACCACCCUGACAUUGACUACGAAGGAGAAUUGGUGUUUAUCGUGGGCAGAGAUGCGUGUGCCAUCGAAACCGCACAUGCAGAAGAUUACAUCCUAGGCUAUACCGUGGGAAACGAUGUGACCAGCCGCCACUGGCAGAGAGUCCCUGGGAUUGGAAAUAGCUUUGGGAAAAGUGCUGACGGGUUCGCACCUAUCGGACCGGUCAUAGUGACUACGGGUGUGGUCGAAUCGGAAGGGCUGGAGCUGGUGACCAUGGUCAACAGCGAGGAGCGGCAGAGAUCACGCCUAGACGACCUGCGUUUCAAAGCGGGCGAUAUCCUGGCGCACCUCACCAAGUUCAACACCCUCCGCGCAGGGACCGUGGUCAUGACCGGUACUCCCGCCGGGGUCGGGGCAUUCAUGAACCCGCCUUCGUGGCUACGGGAUGGUGACGUUGUGGAAGUCUAUAUUUCUGACAUUGGAACGAUCAGAAACAGGUUCGUCUUUGGUUGA